AUGUCGCAUCGAAGGCCCCAACCGAACUCUUCUCGGCUCGUCGACCGCCUGCAACCGCGAUCACGCGCCUGCGUCCUCCACCCCCCAGGUCUGCCGGGAGAGAAGGGAGAGAGGGGCGAGGUCGGGAAGGCAGGGGAGCAGGGGCUGCCGGGGCACGACGGCACCCCGGGGGAGCAAGGCCCCGUCGGCGUCCCCGGUCUCCCGGGAGAGAUGGUCUGUCCCUUUCACUCGAGUUCCGUCGAACGACUCUUGAGUCUCCCCUUCGGGAGACUCGAACCUCAGGUGCACGUGGAUUCCCAGGCCCUCGCGGCUUCCCAGGACUACCAGGACCCCCAGGAAUCCCCGGAACGGAAGGAGCGGAAGGGGCGAAAGGCGACCAGGGACCUCAAGGCCAGCCGGGCCCGGCGGGCACCUCGGGGCCUCCGGGGAGCAUCGGGCCGCCUGGUCCCCAGGGGCCGAUGGGACCGAUCGGACCCCCCGGUCCGAUUGGGAAACCGGGCCUACCAGGAUUGCCAGGAGCAGACGGUCUUCCUGGGCAUCCCGGGAAUCAAGGAAUACCAGGAGCCAAGGGAGAUACAGGGCCGAUGGGUCCUCAGGGCCCGUUGGGAUUUCCUGGACCGAGGGGACCGAAGGGAGAUCAAGGCAACAGAGGGCCGGUGGGCGAGAAAGGCGACAAGGGAACCAUGGGCGUCGAGGGGGAGAAGGGAGACAUGGGACCCAAAGGAGAUCGGGGGCCGCAAGGUCCUGAGGGCAUUGCUGGGGCCGAGGGACCCGAGGGUGCAAAGGUCGUGUCGCCGAGGGGAUUCUCGCGGGAUCGGGGCCGGCGAGGAACGGUUGUGCAAUGUCAACCUGGGAUUGCAGGGGUUCGAGGGUCCGAGAGGAGAAGCGGGUUCGAGGGGUCCCUCCGGAGAGAAAGGGAAGCUGGGGAUCCCUGGGUUCCCGGGGUAUCCGGGAGCACCGGGAGAGAAGGGGGACAAGGGGACACCCGGCAAGCCAGGUCAAAAGGGAGAGAAAGGAGACAGAGGUGACACGGGGCUCGCGGGAGAGAGAGGAGAGAUGGGACCGAGGGUGAGUCCUGCGUUCCGCCUCCAGCCGGACGCGGUGGUUGCGACUGCUCUCUCACCUUCCCUUUUCUUCGCAGGGAUUCCGGGGCAGCCGAGGGCGGAGAGGGCGAGCAGGAGACGUCGGGCCCAA